AUGGGCGGACAGAUACGCAAGCCUGAGACGACGGCUAUGGAGAUCGGCCGCCGAAGUACUUGCAUCCCCGUACCGGAGGCGCACAGUAGGGACGAGGGCGAAGACACGGAAUCCCCGAAGUCAAUAACUCCAAGCGCGAAAGUUAUGCUCCUUGGCAAGGCGGGACGCUCCAUGGGCCACGUGGUUGGGCUCAUGACGACGCUCAAGGGCCUCCCAAGUACCUACAACAAAGAUCUCCAGGAGAGUGUCGAGCCCAUGCUCGACCACGUCAAGACUGUCGGCGACAGCAUCCAGAUCGCUGAGGGCGUCCUUGCCACGCUGAAGAUUCAGCCCGAGAAGAUGCGCGCUGCGCUUGACCCCUUCAUGUUGGCUACCGACCUCGCCGAUUACCUCGUCCGAAAGGGCGUCCCUUUCCGUGAGACUCACCACAUCUCUGGCCGGUGUGUGGCGCUGUCCCAGCAGACGGGCAUCCCUAUGAACGAGCUCAGCUAUGAGCAGUUCAAGGGCGUGGAUGAGAGGUUUGGCGAGGAUAUUAAGAAUGUGUUCAACUACGACACGAGCGUGGAGAUGAGGGCGGCUAAGGGCGGUACUAGCCCUUGGAGCGUGCUUGAGCAGGUCAAGGUGCUUAAACGGCCACCCUCUCAUCAAUGGCCACUGUUCUCUCCUCUUUUUUCUUGA